AUGGAUAUAAACUUAGAUGGAGACCUUGCAAGAAAUUCACCUCCGACCAAUGAGGAAUGGUAUGAGGGUGCAGCCAGGUGCUAUUCUCAGGACGGCGACACAUUUCUAGAUCUUUUUGACGCCAAUGAGCAUGCAGAAUACAGGAAGGAGAAUCUGUUCUAUCCAUUCACAUCGAGGGAAGAGUGGGAGGUCGCCGAUUUCCUCCUGUGUUCUGCCCUUAGCAUGGCUGCAAUCAACAAUUUUUUGCAGCUCUCUAUGAUAAAACACUUACAACUAUCAUUCAAAAAUGCCAAAGAUUUGCAGAGUCGGGCUGAAAUGCUGCCAAAGGGACCAAGCUGGAAAUGCCAACUCAUUCCCUCGCUCCAUGGCAUGAAGAGCCCAAUUCGACUAUUUUGGAGGGACCCAGUUGAGUGUUUGGAGAGUCUCUUCAGCAAUCCUCUCUUUCAUGACAAACUUGACUUUAUCCCUCGUCAUGUUUACAAGACUGCAGCACGCCUCUUGCAUGUGUAUUCAGAAUGGUUGACGGGUGACGCUGCUUGGAAUAUUCAGAUAUGUGCUGUUGAUGGACUCACAAUGCGCACAAUCUCACAAGACUGUAGGAUCAACUGCCCCAAGGCGCAACAAUCCUUGGCACUGUGCCAGGGUCACACACCCGCUUGUGUUAGGCCUUGCAAAUAUUCACAUGCGCACUUGUACGAAGCUCUUGUCCAAGGCCUUCAUGCUCGUGGCUCUCCUCCCUAUCCCACACCCUUGAUGAAAGCCGCCGAACUUGGAAUUAUGAUGUCUGACCCAGUGGGAAACAUCCGCCACUGUUUUACCCCCCUUGCUGCAUACAUUGUUGAUACUCCCGAGGCAUGUAUGCUCACAUGUGUUCAUGGUAAAACUUCUCCAUUCACACUGGUGUCGUACCUGCAGUUCGGGGACAACUUUCAUCACCCUGCAUGUACACGUGCCAUCACUUUCAAGCAGCUCGCCAGUGUCAAUGUCGAUCCCAACGAUCUUGAAGCUUUUUUUGCUGCAUGCGCAGAAUUACGGCUAAAUGGUGUCUUUACACCUUUCUGGAAGGGCUGGUGCUUCGGUGAUCCUGCAAUAUUCCUUACACCAGAAGCUCUGCAUCACUGGCAUAAGCAAUUCUACAACCACAACAUGCAAUAG